UAUGAAUUAUAAUGAUGCUGAUGAUACAUUACUGAUUAAUUUAAUUACUGAAAAUUUAAGAAUCAGUGAAAUUAGAUACUCUACUUUGCUAAUAGAAUAUCCACCUACUUUAGAACAAGAUAUUGCAAUUGUAUUUAAGAUAGGAUCUUAG